CUAUCUUGCCUCUAUUUAAGGUCCCUGCGGGGUUCACUGCCACAGUGCUGCCUUCCCACUGUGCCAGCCAUGAGCUCGACGGUCCCCCACAAGACCUCCCUGCCUGAUGGCCUCCGUACAGGCACUGUGAUGAGGAUUCGAGGCAUUGUUCCUGACAAGGCCAGCAGGUUCCACGUGAACCUGCUGUGCAGCGAGGACCAGGGCGCCGACGCCGCCCUGCAUUUCAACCCGCGGCUGGACACGUCGGAAGUGGUCUUCAACAGCAUGGAGCAGGGCAAAUGGGGCACGGAGGAGCGCGGCGCAGGCGUCCCCUUCCAGCGGGGCCAGCCCUUCGAGGUGCUGCUCAUCACCGCGGAGGACGGCUUCAAGGCCGUGGUAGGGGACACCCCCUACCAUAACUUCCGCCACCGGAUGCCGCUAACGCGCGUGCGCGCAGUAGAAGUGAGCGGCGACGUGCUGCUGGAUUCCGUGAGGAUCUUCUGAGCCCGAGCCGCGGGCGGGGUUCAGGGAGGGGGGGCGGGGAGCCCA